CGACAGCUGCGCCGCAAGGUACCCUAUGCCGGCCAUUUGAUGACUCCUCGCCGUCUCUGGCUUAACAAAAUACCCACCCAAUGUGAUGUGGUCAUUGAAUUUCCCGAAGAUGCACCCGAUGAGGCAUUACGUUGGCUCUUGGCACGCAUACGGUCACAGCCACCAGCCGGUUUGGGUUUGGUGGUACAGGUGAAGGCUCACGAAAGUUCAAGGCGAAAUGCAUUUUAUAUAAGUGCCCCGACAAAUAUACUUUUUCGCGCAGCGGAAGAGGCUCGUUUACCAAAACGUUUACGUCCGGAUUUGGGUGGUGCCUUACGAGAAUUUACAACCCGCGAAAGUCAUUGCUUUCAGCAGAUUAAAAGUGAUGACGGCAAUACAUCGCUGUUUACCUCACAGGAACGUCAAUGGUUGGUGUUGCAGGUGCUGCAAGGGCUAAGGGCUGGCCAGUCGGAUAUUGAGGCGCUACAGGGUCGUGCAGCCGUUGAGGAGGGUCAAAGUAUUGUGGCCGCCUGGCAAGAGACGGGGCUGAUAAUGCAAAUUUUCCCGCUGCAUGAGACGAAAAGUUUGGCCUCACUGCAAAAAAGUUGGGUCAAACAGGUGCUGGCGCCCCAGCCAUUAGAUGACAUUGCUGAAUAUUUUGGUGUCAAGGUGGCCUUAUAUUUUGCCUGGCUGGGCCACUACACCUGUGCUCUGGGUGUGCCGGCGGUAUUCGGCACCAUUCUCUAUGCCUUUUUGUGGGGUAAAAAUCAAAUGGCCCAGGAUAUGGGCCAUGUGCUAUUUUCGCUUUUCAAUGUGGCCUGGGCUUCAUUGUAUUUGGAGGCCUGGAAAAGAUAUUCCGUGGAGCUGGCAUUUCGCUGGGGUACUCUAUCCACACCACCGGAACUUUUGGAACCACCGAGACCGCUUUAUAAGGGUCCCCUUGUUGAGAACAAUGUAACCGGCCGUUUGGAACCCAAAGAAGCACCCGCCUGGAAGCGUCGUGCCUUUCGUUAUCUUGUCAGCUUUCCCAUAAUCGGCUUAUGUUUGUUUUUGGUAUUUGUUGUCAUGUUCCUGAUGUUGAGAUUUCAGGAUUGGCUGGAUAAUAAUAAUAUACCCGAUAGCGGAAUUGCUCAAUGCAUGUAUAAUUUGCACAAGGUUAUUAUUAUUCAUAUAU